AUGGUGUCUCAAAAGAAGUGCGUUACAGCAACUCUUCUUAUUUUCAUCGCAACUAUACGCUACGUUGGAAUAAGCUCGGCUUUGGCUGUGCCGGACUCGUGCGCCACGAAGGAGCAAGCUAACGACAACACGACCAUUUCUAGCGGCCCAACAUUGGCGAACUGUUCAUCUGAGAACUGCGAUACAAUUCAUGCUACCGAUGGAUCUGAUAGAGGAAGAAACAUAACUUCCAAUGGGGUAACAGUUUUGUCCUCAAGCGAAGAAAACUCCGGAUUGUGGUCAUACGCGGGUAUAUGUCUCGGCAUCUGGGCGGUGGUUGCAAACGCCCUUCCGCUAGCAGCCAUCAUCACUCAAGAGCAGCUCCACAAGCCAGUCUACAUUCUCAUGGCUAAUUUGGCGGCAAGCGAUGUCUUGACCGGCUUGUCGACAAUCCUUGCCACUGCUUCGCGUGCUUACGUCGUCUUCAAUGAGACAACUCCCUCUGAUGUCAUGUUACACAUCCGUCUGACCGCACUCGUGCUCUCAGGGAUGUCCUCCGCCUACAGUCUGAUGGCGCUGACGGCCGAGCGCUACUGGUUCAUCGUGCACGGGAUGACCUACGUCAACAACGUCACCAACGGCAAGUGCAAGGUCGUGGUGGUGCUGGUGUGGGUGUGGUCAACGCUGAUGGCGAUUCUGCCCAACUUCGACUGGCACUGCGAGGGGCGUUUUGACCCAAACUGCAUCCCAUUGGGAACGGGGAUGUCCUACAACUACGCGGUGGUCAUCCUGGUGUUCGUUUUCAUCCCGAUGGCGGCGAUCAUCCUCCUCAACAUGUGCGUCCUGUGGUGUCUGUGGAAGCACGUGAACGCCAUCGCUGCACAGGAAGCCGCCGUGGGUGCCGAGCCCAGCACCAGCCGUAAGUCCGCCAUCACCGUCGUGCUCAUCACCGUUAUGUUCCUGGUGGGAUGGAUGCCGUUUGCUGUCAGGUUAUCAUUGUUUACCCAGUCCGACACCAAGCUGACAACAAUGUUGAUAUGUGUUCUGGUCAACUCUUCCGCUAACCCAGUGAUCUACGGGUUUCGUCUGAGGGAGGUUCGUCGCGGCGUUGUGCGGCUCUUCCGAAACGCUAAUCCGGCGGAAAACUGA